UGUCAGCAGCAGCAAAGCAGCAGAGUCCUGCACACCAAAUGUGUGAGAGGAACAUGUUGUCCGGAGGCUUGUGUCGUGGAAAAGGCUGGAAUCAGAGCAGAUAAGAGGACGGAUAUCUUCAAAGUGAAACACUGACCAGCAGCAGGGAUGCACAGCUGCAGAUUAAGGGAUUUGAAGAUGUGGGCAUUCAUGGGAGCGGUCUAUCUUUGUCACUGUGCCACUGGGCAGCUGCUUGAGGCCAAGCUGAAAGGGACACCUCGACUUGUCUGCAGUGUCCCCGGGUCACCAGGCCCGCCCGGCAAACCAGGUCCCAGUGGGCCGCCAGGAGCAGAUGGGAAUGUUGGCAUUCCAGGACGAGACGGCAGGGAUGGUAGAAAGGGGGAAAAGGGAGAAAAGGGAGAUACAGGGGUAAAGGGCAGAGUUGGCCCAACAGGUAAAAUUGGAGAGCGAGGUGAACGCGGCCCUGCUGGAAAACGAGGCCCCACAGGAGAUGACGGAGAGGUGGGGCCCCCUGGCCCUCAGGGCCGAGAUGGAGACAAGGGGGAUAAAGGCGGGCGAGGACCCCGUGGAACAGCGGGAAUCUGCAAAUGUGGCAGCCUGCUACCGAAAUCUGCAUUCUCAGUGGGGAUCACCAGCAGCUAUCCGGCAGAGAAGGUGCCCAUCAAGUUCGACAAGGUCCUCUUUAACGAAGGUGGACACUACAACCCGCAGACGGGCAAAUUCAUCUGUGCAUACCCAGGCAUUUAUUACUUCUCUUAUGACAUCACACUGGCCAACAAACACCUGGCUAUUAGUUUGGUGCAGAACGGUCAGUACCGCAUUAAAACCUUUGAUGCCAACACUGGAAACCAUGACGUGGCGUCUGGGUCCACUGUGAUGUUCCUGAACCCAGAGGAUGAAGUGUGGAUGGAGAUCUUCUACACUGAUCAGAACGGUUUAUUCACAGACUCCAGCUGGGCCGACAGCUUAUUCUCUGGAUUCCUGCUCUAUGCAGACACGAACUACUUCGACACACUGGCAACGGACUAUGCAUAGAACCGGAAGAGCAAAGCAGAACCAAAAAAAGUGUGUUACUGUUAUCAUCACACAUUCAGCACACCUUUGGGAUGAAACAAAACAUACCUGUACUGCCUUAAGAAUAGAAAGGCAUUGAUUUAAGGCUGUUUUAUUUGGUAAAGCUUUCAGUGAUUUAUAUGAUGUUGAUUCAAAAAUGAUGUAAAUAAACAUUCCAGUCAAUUUAAACUAGGUUUUGUUAACUCAUUUUGGAAAACACUAUAAUGUAAAUCAAGGUUUUUUUUGUUUUCACUGUUCAAUGACCCUCUAAUGUUUCCGAUCAUCAAGCAGUUUUAUUUAAUCUGACGAGCCAACAUGCAUAAAUACAAGAACAGUUUUUCUUAUUUCCUAAUUUCCUUUAUUUAGGGGGAAAGCUUUUGGAAGGAUUGUACAGUAAAUAGCAGCUGCUUCCAAACCUAAAAUUGUGCAGUGCCAUCCUUUAAAGGAAGAGUCUUUUACAGAAUAGUCACCCUAUCUAUAUAGAAUGGUUUGUUUGUCACAUUGGGUGGUUCUAGAGAAUUGUCUAUUUAUGCCACUGCAGAACACUCUAAAAACUUUAUUCUAUUGUUUCGUUUUUAGCUACACAUAGUGGGAGGCUUGCAGGUGUACUUUAAAGUACAACUCAGCUCAUAAUCUAAAGGUAAUGGAUCAAAGUAAGACAUUGUCCUUCUGGAAUUUCAGUAAAAAUGCAGAAUUUUUGCUUUAGAUGUCAAAAUCCUGGAGCUGCAAAGCAUCUCAAAAGUUACUGGUUCACUGUCUGUAUGAUGCUCUUUUAGAAAAUACUUGUAUUAGCUCUAUGGCUGUGAGAAAACACCUUGUCUAAUUGCUAUAUUUAGCCCCUGCCUCAAAAUAUAAUGAUCAAAGUUUUGUUUAGCAGUAAUUUUGGCCUUAGAGGUCUUUUUUUUUUUGGCUUCGUUUCUCCUGGAUCUGCAGCUUGGUGUCGCAAAGCCUGAUAUCUACUUCUUGUUUCAUGCAAUUCAAUCCAGCUUAGUUAUACAGCACAAAUAAACAAUAUUUCAUGGCACUUAAGAAGUAAGUCAACAUACACUUCAACUGAUUCCUGUUAUGAAAACAAUGCAGCCAUGUUCAAUUCUGUCAUGAUUGUUUUAAGAGAUCUGACCCACAUGCAGAGAACCACUCAGAGAACCAGGGAAAAAGUUAAUCAGGUUUAUUGAGGGAAUGAGUACAGGAGUUGGAUCUGGAACUCAGUGAACUGGUGAACCGGAACUGGAAAGUCUGGAGGGGAGAUCACAGUGAUCAGUUCAGGCACCGUAGGAAAGUUCACUGAAGCUUGAAUACUGUUGGAGUGGGACUCACAUUUGAGGGGGUUCUUGUUUAUCCUUGAAUCCAGUCUGUGAGGUUUUAUCCAGAGAAGAGGAAACUCGUUGGAGAGCGGACAGGUAGACACUCGUAGAACCCGGAGGAGCAAUGGAGCGGGCUGUCCCUUGGAUUUCCGAAAGGGACUUAAACGGCUCAUGUGGAUGUUUUCCCCUGCUCAGUGUGAACUCAGUUAAUCCUUCCAGGGGGAGAAGGCCAGUCAUCCGGUUACACAGGAAGGCUUCCUGCCAAAGAGCAAAGACAAAAAAAACAAUGUAAGAAUCAGAGAA